AUGGGUACAAUAAAAGGAACAAAGCCAAAGAAGAAGCAGCAGGCCAGCAGAGUCGUCUAUCUCCUUUUUCAUCUCUUCCAAUCUCUCAUCUCCAAAACUCAGAAAAAAACCAGCUUCAAUCAUUUAGUCGGUGAUCUUCUUAAGCACUAUCUCCUAACAUUCAAGGAAGCAAAAGUUGAGCUAGUUUUGCCAGAAUUGACAAAACUUAACAGUUUAGAGAAUGCAUCUUCUCGAUCACUUUUUAAAAUUGUUCACAAGAUUCUUGAUGACACCAUUGAGAACAAGAAAGAAGAUGUACCAGAUAGAGUUGCCAGUGUAUUAAAAAAGCUCAUUCAAAUGACCGAGCAACAAAUUUCAAAGCAAGCAGAAUAUUUCAAGAAGCAAAAGAAUAUAUACAAGACACGUGAGGAGAAAUACCAAUUAAAAUUUAAAGUGCUUGGAUCUCUUGUUAUUGGAGCUGCAGAAGAAAAUGAGCUCAUUAAGAACCAACUCCAGCUUAUUAAGUCUGAGAAAAAGAAGAUAGAAGACAUAAAAAAACUUGAAGAUGUAGAAUUAAUUAGACUUAGACAAGAGAAAAAUGAGUGUAAUUUAGAGAUUUCUAAAUUAAAACAGGAAAUAGAAAUCACAAGGGAUACAUAUGAGACUCGAUAUGUACAACUUGAAAAACAUGGGAUUGAAGUUGAAUCUGAGCUGAAGAACAAGAUAACAGAUCUUGAAAAUCUUCUUACUGGAUCAAGAAAGAAGGUGAAAGAACUUGAAAAGUUCACAGAAUCCAAGUUCUUAAGAUGGAAAAAGAAAGAACGUGGCUACAAAAACUUCAUGGAUUUCCAGUCUGGAUCUUUAAAGGAAUUAAGAAUGGGUUCUGAAUCCAUUAAGCAAGAAGUUCUGAAGACACAACAGAUUUACACCGAAGAAAUUAAUCAAUUUGGCAUGAAGAUUCAAGGGCUUGUAGAUGCUGCACAAAAUUACCAUACCGUCCUUACAGAAAACCGGAAGUUGUACAAUGAAGUACAGGAUUUGAAAGGGAAUAUUAGGGUUUAUUGUCGUAUAAGGCCAUUUCUCAAGGGUCAAAAUCAAAAACAAACAACCAUAGAGUACAUUGGCGAAAAUGGUGAAUUAAUUGUGACAAAUCCUUCAAAACAAAUCAAAGAAAGCCACCGACUCUUUAAAUUCAAUAAAGUUUUUAGCCCUUCAGCAACACAAGAGGAUGUAUUUGUUGACACUCAACCACUCAUUCGGUCAGUGUUAGAUGGAUACAAUGUAUGCAUAUUUGCAUAUGGUCAAACAGGGUCUGGGAAGACAUAUACUAUGACUGGGCCUAAUGUGUCAUCUCCAGAAGAUUGGGGAGUAAAUUAUCGAGCUUUAAAUGAUUUAUUUCAUCUCUCCCAAACAAGAAGAAGCUCAUUUGAAUACGAAAUCGGUGUUCAAAUGGUGGAAAUAUAUAAUGAACAAGUUCGUGAUCUGUUAACGAGUGACACUACUCAGAGAAGAUAUCCUUAAAUUUGACUUUGACUUUGUAGUUUGACUUUAUUUUAUUUAAGAAUUUUGACCUUGACUUUUCACACACUUGGGAUAUGGAACUCUACUCAACCGAAUGGGUUAGCUGUACCCGAUGCCAGCAUGCACCCGGUGACAUCAACCGCAGAUGUUUUGGAAUUGAUGAAUUUAGGGUUAACAAAUCGGGCUGUGGGGGCCACCGCUUUGAACGAAAGAAGCAGCCGGUCCCACAGUGUGUUGACUGUUCAUGUUCGUGGAGUUGACUUGGAGACGAAUGGUGUCCUACGUGGCAACUUGCAUUUGGUUGACCUUGCGGGAAGUGAAAGAGUUGACCGGUCAGAAGCAACAGGAGACAGACUCCGUGAAGCUCAACACAUCAACAAAUCUUUAUCCGCUUUAGGAGAUGUCAUUUUUGCCCUUGCCCAAAAAAGUCAACACGUCCCAUACAGAAACAGCAAGCUGACUCAGGUCUUACAGAGCUCUUUAGGAGGACAAGCAAAAACUCUCAUGUUUGUACAGCUGAAUCCCGAUGUGGAAUCCUUUUCAGAAACCAUCAGUACUCUGAAAUUCGCUGAGAGAGUGUCGGGUGUCGAGUUGGGUGCAGCCCGUAGUAAUAAAGAUGCCAGGGGCGUUCGUGAGCUCAUGGAACAGGUCAGUAAUUUGAAAGACGCGUUGAGCAAGAAAGAUGAGGAGAUGGGGAGGUUACGGGGUGGGAAGGCGAAUGGGACGCCGCCACGUGGCGAGUGUUUGAGUGAAAGUAGCUCCCAUAAAGAUCUGAAUGAUGAUGAUGAUGAUAUUGAGAUAUUGGGAUUAGGGGAAGAUGAUUCGGAAGAGAGAUUAAGUGAUAUUUCUGAUGGUGGACUUUCAAUGGGGACAGAGACCGAUGGCUCACUCAGUAGUAUUGUCGAGUUGACUCUUUUUCCCGGAGCUUCAAAACCGCCACCCAUUGAGAAGCCGAAUGUACCGGCUAAACUUCCGAGGCCCCCGCAAAAGGCGGCGGUGGCGGCUACUUCUUCUAGAAAACCGGUGCAGACAGGUUCUUCUUCAUCUUCACAACGGUUUACAGCACCACCUUCUAGAACAUCAUUGACCAAGGGUUUGCCACGUGUCUCAUUAAGUUCUAGUGGUAAAAAGUCAACUUCCGGAAGCUCUUCGGUCAAACCUGGUGUGAGAAGGUGAAGAUUGAUCUUUAAUGGCAUGACUGUUCCGUAAGAUAGAUUAGCAUUGACUGUAUGUUAUUCAUGGGAAAACAAUUGUGGUUGUGAAAAUUUAAUAUAUGAAAACAGUGUUACUUAGAAUGUUAGAUCUAGGGGUAAAGAGGUCAAGAUUUUCUUGAUCGAUUGUGGAAAUUGGAUUAUGUUAUUCAAGUUUUAGGGUUGAUGUUUGCCAUCUGUUGUUUUAUGCUUUAUUUUGUAGGUGUUCUAUUAGAGAAAUGAAAGAUAUGGAUCAUGGGGUGUUUUUUUUUUUAUUUGAUAUGAGUAGAAAUAAAGAUGGAAAUUACAGAAUAAAAAUGAAGAAGAGAUGAGGGAGGAAAGUACUAUAAACGUUUAUGACAUCUUUUUCAUUUUGAUUAUGGACAAAGUUGCUUUAGAAAUUUAGCAAAUGGAC